AUGGCGGACCCACGCAGCUAUCGGCCAGGUCCUUAUAACCCAGGAUACCCGCCUCAGCAGAACAUGGGUUCACCUAUGCUCGGCAGACCUGGAGGACCGCCGCCGCCGCAGCAGCAGCAACAGGGCUAUGGACCAGGAUACUAUCCUCAGCAACCGCAUUCGGGUUUCCAGGGAGGCAUGCCCAUGCCACCACAGCCUCACUUCAACAACGCGCCUCCUCGACCGCUAUAUCCACCUGCCUUCAAUAACAGCCACGGCAGUAUCAAUGGCAACAACAAUAUGGGAUUCAACUCACCACACUUUGGACCAGGACAUGGACCAGGGCACGGACCGGGACAUGGAACAGGACAUGGACCAGGACAUGGACCAGGACACGGACCAGGAUCAAUGUAUGGCCCAGGAUCAGGAGGACCGAGACCACCAUAUCCGCCUGCACAAAACUAUGGUCCAGGCACCCCACCACCUCAGCACGCUAUAGCCUCGCCUGUAGUGGUGCCACAGGCUCCUCGACAUCAGGAAUGGCCCAUCGCUGGCAGACCGCCGUCAACAGGGGGUGGCUAUCCGCCUGCCAGUGCCGGCCCAGGCUAUCCUCCCACAUCAAUGCCAUCGGGACCUGGAGCCGGACCUGGGCAUGGCCCAUCCUCGACCUAUCCGCCUAGGCCCUACAUUCCAUCCCCGAUACCUCAGCCAGCAAUGCCCCCAUACAGUGGACAUACCACAGCCCACCCUUCGCACAGUCCAAACAUGGCUCACACUGCCCCUCCAACGAGUAUGACGAAUGCUCCACCAGCAGCUACACCAUCGACAACAUUCCCAGGCCUCAGGCCGCCUUCCAAUGUCACGUCAUACAAGCCGAAGACCAGCUACCAGUCUACAGCGGCUGGUUCGCCGAAGAAGGACACAAAGAAACCGCCUGGGGCGCCAUCACCAAGCUCUUCAUGGCAAUCGGCGCCGUUGGGUGCGCCUGCUAUGAGCCAGAACGGAUAUCAGGCUUCCCACAGCCAACGUCGACCGCCAAUGCACACCGCAGAGUCUUUUGACGCGGAUGACAGGCCCACGGAGUUAAUUCCUAUUGAUGACGAGCAGACUCAUCAGCCACCAACAUCGUUCUCUUCGUCCAAAAUCGCUCCUCUAGCUACCAUACAAUCUCCUACCGGUGGCUCCUCAGUUCCAACCUCAACAGCUGUGUCACCUUCGCCGUCUUUUGCCACGAUUUCUUAUCUUCCAGCAUCACCCAGCGCAUCUGAUUCCGAUAGCCGUCCCACAGAAAUGACAACACACGACGCUAUCAAAUCGCCCGAGCUGCUGAGAAAGACUGAGCCGCUGAGAAAGGCUGAGCUGCCGAGAAAGGCUGAGCCGCCGAGAAAGGCUGAGCCGCCACCAGCUGUGCAGCCCAUGUCCAAGACACCGUUAACGCCUCUGCCGACCCCUGGAGUAAAGUUCCCGGCUGUCACUUCAUUUGUGCCUUCAACUACUUAUAUACCCACAAAGAAAGACACGACAAACCCCCUGUCGACGCCUCAGCCGCUGCCAUCACUUCAGCCCGCCAGCAAUAGCAGUUAUGAUCCGACAGUCAAGGUCGAGGUAUCGGAUCUCAGACCCUCCAAUACGUAUGCCAGCAGCUUCAACAACAGUGACAACAUCAAAGUUGCUGUAGGCGAUAUGACGAAGCCCGCAAUCCAUCGGCAGCAAAACGAUCCAUUUAUAGACAGCCCGAUCUCUCUGGAUGGAUUAAUGGAGAGUAUUGAAGCAAUGGCGAAACCCAGCUCCACCUCGUCGCUUUCUAGUGUCCACCAGAACCCUAGCGUCGCGCAACCAAGUAGUUCAGUAGACGUCUUUAAGCCCUUACCUGCUAUUGGCGAGGACGAUAUGGAGCAGAAGCGAUACUCGUUGUCCGAUGGACCUGCAGAUACCUCCAGUUCAUCACAGUCCCCAGCAGUCCUGCGCCUGGUCCCAAAACGACCCAAUAGCUCAUAUAUGCCGCCGCCACCGCUCAUCGGUACUCAUGGGACUCAACUACAGAAUGACACAGCUCCCAGCCCCGCUCAGCUUUCUAUUAGUCCCAAAUCCAGUCAGUCCCUGGUAAGCCCCCAGCCUCGCGCCGAUAGCCAUCCUUUCUUCCCUCCACCACAAUUUCAGAGACAGGAAGAGUCGCAGCAAAUAUCUUUCCAUCAACCUAUGGCGCAGGCACAUCCUCCUCAUAAUCACAACCAUAGUCACAUUGGUGGCGAUGCGAUGCUGCUCUUCAAUCAACCAGAAUUCGCCCACAACCCAAUCACCUCUAUGGCAGCGCUUGCUGAUAAGCCUGUUCAGAAGGCGCCAUCAAUGGUAAGACGUGCAAAAACCCUCAGAAGAGCAGCGGGAAUGACAGGAGCGGCCCACCAGCCGGAGUCAACUGUUGCUGCUCCUCUUCCACUUGCCAAGGUGACACCCGACGAUCUUUAUCCGUACUUGCUCAGACUUAUCCUGCUCGCCCAAGCCGACGAGGCGCCGCCACCAGCGCUAGCCUUGCCAAUUACAAACAAGGACACCCAUAAAGACCUUGUAAAGGCAUUGAGGGGAAGAGUGAAGGAUAUCCUGUCUGGAAAGGAUCAUAACCCAACCUAUCAGGAUCCUGUUGUGAAGAAGGCUCUUGGUAACAUGGAACCGAAGCAGUUCAAGGCCUCAACGAAUGCUGAGGAGCUGAUCGUUGGAUUUUCAAUCGAGAUGUCCAGGAUCCAACAGUCGAUGAAUAUACCGACCAACAACCGAGACGCCCAAAUUGCGAUUAUGGUGAAUCUGCUGCGUGAAGCCAUUCAACAAACCCCAUUCGAUGGACAUGAGGCGAUCCUGCAGCGUUUAGAUAAGCAAGUGAAGACAACAGCCGUGAAGCCCAAUAACUCAACUGCGCAGGCUGAUGAACUCACCAAAGUCAUCAAGGAGCUGUUCAGAUACCCGGAGAGCGUGAGACAUCAGCGCAUGAAUGAUCUUCGUCGGAACUCCACAAGACAGGUCGCAAUUGAGGACCUGAAGAAGUGCGCAUCGAACCUUGAUCUGGAUUCUUUCCCGUAUCCAGGCACUGCAGAUUAUCAUCACAAGGAACACCACGAAGAGUUCAAGAACCGUGAAAGAGCUGCCCUGAACGGUUUUAUCCGCGGUCUCUCUGCCGGGCAUCCCAAUCUAGCAUCAAUAGACAUGCCCACUAGGCAGUUCCAUCCGAGCGAGUUCACGUUCAUUCCUCAGAACCCCAAGGCCUAUUACCACCUUCUUUUGGAGAUGUGUGUAGAUUAUGCCUUGGCCACUCGUGGAGAGAACGACCCUGCAGUCAGUCUCCUGUCCAUCCCUACAAGGGCUCUGCUUAUUGACUGUGGCGUUCGGUGGAGGCUGACCUCAAGCUGGCGAGAAAUUAUUUUGAUGGAGGUUAUCAAGGAGCGAUACAGAGAAGGAAAGGUUUCCGUCAACUUUUUGCUGGACUUCCUUCAAAACAGGUUCUACAAGGACACUGAGAUCCAUCAAUGGCAUAUUUCUGAGGUCAACAUGUUAGGCGACGUUUAUGGCGGCUUGAACCAUAUGAUUUUCGACAACAUAAACCAUGAUAUCAAGGAUUUGGAAAAUGUCAGUGCGGGCUACUUCCAGCCAAUGUUGGAUAUCCUCGACAGAGUGCAUCAGCAGGAGGUGUAUCAACGACUGAAUAUCAAUCUGACGCCGUUCUUUGAGGACAUCAAGGAGACAGUACUUUUGGAGUCCAUUCGAAGUUACAACGCUAAGGACGAGGAGGUUCAAAAGGAACGAUACGAGAAUGAGACCGUACCACUCACAAAGAUGGCACUCUACAUUGUGUCUGAGCAUGGAAAGAUGAAGAAGCGGUUCUCGAAAGCACUAUUUGGUACGGUGGACGUCGCAGCAAUUGUAGUGGAGAACAACUUGAGAAACUUUGUGCCGCUGAUGCAAAAUAUGGCGAACAUGGAUGCCAGAAAAUUGCCCAUGUCUGAUGUGUUCCCAUUGUAUCAGCUAUGUCGGGAGCUGGUCACUCUGUUUGAGCUGUACGCACCCAGCUCAAGUGUCCAUUUCAAUAUUUCAACGUGGUUCCGACCCUACGUUCUCAAGUACUUGGAAACGUUGGAUGCUUCCAUCACAGAAUGGGUCACAGCUGCCAUCAAACAAGACCAGUUUGAGGAAGUCAGUGUUGGAGCUGGCCACUCUUCGUCAGCAAGUGAUUUGUUUGCGUUCUUCUACGAGCCUUUGACAUGGGUCAAAGGGCUAAAUUGGCCCAACGACUACCAGCGAGCGACCUUUAUCUCAAAACUAGCCAAGGUUUUCUGCAAGGCUGUCGAUCUGUACGCCCAGUACAUGGAAACAAUGUUCAAUGGUUGUAUGCCAUCUUCCGUAUCGUCCGUUGGAACAACCGAAGUCAAGACACUUUCAGAACAGCUGGCAUCCUUCACUUUCCGGUCGGAGAGCGCAGAAGCGAAGAAGGCCACCCAAUUUGUAUUUACGCCAAAGAUGUGCGUUCUUAUGAACAACAUCGAGGCUGUCCGUCAGCGGUUGGACGAGUUGUAUCGCAACAUGGAUGUGGACGAAGUCGCACAGAUUAUGCGUGAUAACGAGCCUGACGUUACACCGGAUCCAAAUGCGCCCAAGCAGUUUGAAAUCGUGCUUGUCGCUGCAGAGAGAUUGAUGCCUAUGGAUUCAAACGAGGCCAGCGACCCGUUCAUUAUCAUAUCGCACGACAACAAAGAGGUGUUCAGGUCCAAAACCAUCUACGCUAAUAUCAAUCCACGCUGGAAUGAGGUGUACGAGGUGACGCUGACCAAGAGUAUCACCUAUAUGGUUCGAAUUUUCGACGCCGACAUGGUUCACAAGGACCGACUCUGUGGUUGGCAGCAUCUCACUAUCGAUCCUGAAGAGUAUGAGGACUACAUGCCCCACGACGUUUGGCUGGAUCUGAUUCAAGUCGGUCGUCUCUUGCUGCGUAUAACGAUGAAAGGAGAGCGCGAGGACGUCCAGUUCUUUUUCGGCAGGACUUUCCGAUCUCUGAAGCGCAAGGAGGCAGACAUGAGCGGCAUGAUUGUGGAUGCGAUGAUUCCAUGCGUCCAGCAGUGCUUGACGGAAAAGGUCUUAUUCAACAACUUUAGGUCCAAGGCCAUGUUCCCAUUCUUUGGCAGCUCCGUGUCGUCAGCCAAAGUGACCAAGGUCUCAGACGAGGACUGCGAUAACGCGCUUGGUCAAUUGAUCGACUAUCUAGAGGCAUCGCUUCCAGUCUUGUACGACUAUCUAACUACGGAAGGAAUGACCAUGGUGAUCACCAAGCUGUGGAAAGAGAUACUGAUUACCAUCGAGUCGCUGCUGAUGCCUCCUCUCUCGAACAUUGUCUCUGAUCGGACGCCAUUGACCGAAAUCGAGAUGCAUGUUGUCUUUAAGAUCAUUGAGUUCAUCAAGCUGUACCUGAAUGGCGGUGAUGCAGGAGACGGAUUCCCGUUGAAGGUCCUCGAAAUUCCCAAGUACCGUGAUUUGCUGACGGUGCGUCCGAUCUACGACUCGUCAAUGGAGGAUCUUGUUGCAGAGUACAACCGCGCAUUGACUGUGCCAGGACGCGGACGACUGGGUCGUCAGCAGAGUGACUAUGACCGACGAUUUGUGGGCGCCAAGCGGCCGAGUGCGGACUCGAUGACUCCCAACCCAGAGACCGUACUGAGGAUCUUGCGGAUGCGACCCGAUCCUGGUGUAGAAGACUUUUUGAAGCAGGUGAUCGAGACGCAGUCGAAAGCCAGAGAAGCCAGGGCUCAGGCGAAGCGCGACCAGAUAGCAUACCAGCGUCAGAUGAUGCGCGACCAAUACGGCGCAUAA